CCUCCCGUCCCUCCGCCGCGCCCCGCUGGCCGCCGCUCUCCUGCCCCGCCCUCACCCCGCGCUCAGCUCUAUCAGCGCUCAGCGCCCCCAAGUCCCCGCCCGGCCCCCGGGCCGGCUUUGCUGUCGCCAUGACGGCGGCCGUGUUCUUUGGCUGCGCUUUCAUUGCCUUCGGGCCUGCUCUCGCCCUCUACGUCUUCACCAUCGCCACCGAGCCGUUGCGCAUCAUCCUCCUCAUCAUUGGAGCCUUCUUCUGGUUGGUGUCUCUGCUGCUUUCCUCCCUAGUUUGGUUCAUGGCAACAACCAUUACUGAUAACAAAGAUGAACGAGUCCAGAAAUAUCUGUUGAUCUUUGGAGUGUUGGUCUCAGUCCUUAUCCAAGAAACAUUCCGGUUCGCAUAUUAUAAACUUUUAAAAAAGGCCAGUGAAGGUUUGAAGAGUUUAAACCCAGAUGAGACAGCACCCUCUAUGCGAUUGCUGGCUUAUGUUUCUGGCCUGGGCUUUGGAAUCAUGAGUGGAGUAUUUUCCUUUGUGAAUACCCUGUCUGACUCCUUGGGGCCGGGCACAGUGGGCAUUCAUGGAGACCCUCCCCAGUUCUUCCUAAAUUCAGCUUUCAUGACGUUGGUGAUCGUAUUGCUGCACAUAUUCUGGGGCAUUGUGUUUUUUGAUGGCUGUGAGAAGAAAAAGUGGUACACCCUCCUUGUGGUUCUUCUGACCCAUCUGCUGGUAUCAGCCCUGACCUUCAUAAGUCCUCAUUAUGGAUUCAAUCUGGUGUUGUCAUACAUCAUCAUGGUGCUCACGGGCACCUGGGCCUUCUUUGUUUCUGGAGGCAGCUGCCGGAGCCUGAAGCUCUGCCUGCUCUGCCAAGACAAGGACUUCCUCCUCUUCAACCAGCGCUCCAGAUAACCUCCGAGAACCAGCGCUUCUCAAACAGUAAGCUGCCUCUUGAGAGGAAGCACAACUGUGCCUUUUUCUAAAAAUCCCUUUCUCUGGUGGAAUUUAGGGAAACAAACAAACAAACUGUCUAGCUGCUAUAUGGCUUUCAUGAAACAGCUUUCUGAAGGGGAUGCAUCCGAGGUGUGCAUGGCUGCACGUGAGAAUCUCCUGAGGAGACAUAAAGAAUACUGAUUUCUGGGCUCUACCCUCCAGAUUUAAUUGGUCUGACCAUUUGGUAAUUUUUUAAAGCUUCCUAGAUGACUCCGAUAUGCAGCCAGGUUGAGAACUGUUGGCAUCCAAAUAGGAAAUUCCUGAGAACAGUGUAAGUGACUAAGAACCAGAUGUUUAGCUGUGUCCCAACUCAGCUUUGCUGGGCCAGUAAGUGUCUGAAUGUCAAAUCCUGGUUCGCCUUUGUCUUUCAAGUUCUGAAGUCACAAAAGGCUAAAGGGCUAUCAUCUCCGUGAACUUUCAUGUACAACAUGAUAGGCCAUGCUUCUAACCCCAAUAAUGAAUUGCACUGACUUACUGUGAUUAUUUAGCCAAAGUAAGCCAUUGAUGAAUUAGCUGUGUUUUCUUCAGUUUUUCCAUUCUCAAGCUGGCUUUUUAGAAGCAUUAUGUUGUUUCUGAGCAUAAAUUCUGUUUCUUUGACUGAAAACCAAUUAUUUUCUGAAUUCCUGGGAAGCUAUUAUAAAACAAAGAAUCUUUAUGCAACUUGUAAGUCUUUCCUGGGCUUAAGGCUUUUCAUGAGCUCUGCCCCAAGGCAGCGUUUACCUGCUGAGUGCUGGCUGCUGGACUAGUUGAAGUGAGGUCCAUUGUCCUGUGUCUGAGCAUCUCUGCAGGUUGCUGAGUCCUGAAUCCUGGGACAGGCUUCACUGGAACUGGCAGAAGUUUACAAGUCAGUAGGGUGGUGUUGACACUUAUAAUUCUGUGAUACCAACUAGCACUUCCCCCCAGUGGCAUAGUGGAAAAUUGGAAAUCUGUCUUAUGCCAAAUUCAUGCUUUUAUAUAUCCCAUAUCAUAUUUAGAUCUUGUGAAUGCCGCUGGGUUUUACUGGCAGAUAUAGCAUUCUCUUUAUAGGAAUAUCUAAGAUUCUUGUUCAGCUUCCAAACAAUCCUUUUGGUUUCCUUUGUAAAGAGUAAUUGUACCUUUGCAAACUAGAAAGGUUUUUGGGGAGCCGAUGGUGUGAAAUGGAAAUUCCCCCACGUUAAAGUGAGAACCUCAGUGAAUCCCUUCUGUGCAGUAGAACAGCCAGAAGUCAUAGAAGCAGCAAUGAGGGGGCUCACCAGCGAAAGGAAAGAUGAAGAAUUUGAUGAUCCUGUGCUGGGGAAGGAUAAUGGACAUAUUUAAAGUGGAACACGGCCAGGAUUUUGGGCUAGUCACACAUCCUUCUAGAACCUUAUAUGUGAACUAGACCUUUGUCUAUGAAAUCCCCUCUCAUGUUUAAAUUACUUGAAUUUGUCACUCUAGGGAGUCAGGAGGAGUAGAAUUUCUAGAAAGGUUGUAGGUAGUCCCAUAAGCAAGAACAAGUAUUUCUCUAAAGUUUACUUUGGCACAAAUACCAAUGCUUCCACUGGGGUUUGCAAUUGUCCACCCAUAAAGUGGACUCUUAUACAAGAUUUUCUUUAGACAAGUCAUUGGAAGAAUCAAGGUCACAGAGACAGAACAGUGAAACUUACUGCUUGGAGCUGAGGUGAACAAGAUACCCACUGAACUGAGUUUCAUUCCUGUUGGAGUGUAGUGUUCUUUGAGGAGCAGGAUAAGAAAAAUACAGAGUUGGUUAUUACUCUUGACUUGCAGGUCCCUUAAAUCGACAGUCUGAUGAAAUAUUUGCUGAUGUAUAAAGUGUGGAAAUAUCUGAGAACAUUAGUAUUACUCAUAUUUGAGCUCUGAGGAUGUCCUCUGUGUGUUAAUAGUUUAAGAAUCUGGGAUAUUGUGAAAUUUCAUUUCUAAAAGCAUCUCGGACAGUACGAAAAAUUUCUUUGACAGUGAGACUCUUGUCUUAGUUCAGGAAAUUAUUUCAUAAUCUUUGAUUACCUGGAAAUAACGGAGCUUUGUAGUCCUUUUUCUCUUGUCAGCAUUGCCAUAGUCAGCUUAAGCAGUCUUGUUGCGAAUAGCCUUGCUUUGCCUGAUGCCAAGGAAUUCCGGAGGGAGAGUAGUCUUCCUCCUUUUCUGUGUAUAUACUGAGAUGCAAAUUUAUUUUUCAAAUUUUUAUUUUUUGCAUUUGUUAUCUAUAAUGAGCUUUCUGAGCCCUGCUAGUGUUUGGCGAGGAGGUGGUAGUAAUCGUCUGUAUUUCUCCUCCACGCAGGGCUUUCUUAGUUGGGAGGGAAGUGUGGCUGUAGUAAAGCUGACUCUGGAAUGUGAAUAUGGUUGCAGCACUUGACUGUGUGGCCCUGGGAAUAAUCGAGAUCGAUGUUGGUUCUCUACUAAACGUAUGUUAUUUUUAACUCACUUGAAUUAGAAGUUGUUAACUGGAGAAGUUUUGUUACCCUUGACCCUGACCUGCAUGACUGGCAAUAGAGUAGUAGCAGCCUCUUUUCGAGCAGCUUAGUGAAAACAUGGCUGGAGGGAAUAAAUGCUCUCUGCAGACUGGACAGAAAAUGGCUUUUGUUCCCAGUGUGAAUAUUUUUCUUCCCACGCACAUUUCAGUGUUUGCCAAGAGUGGCAGAUACACAUCAAAAAUGCUAGGUGUUCUUAUCUGUAGGGUUGGUACAGGAUAAACAGUCGUGACAGAAGUUUCCUUCUAACUGGCGCUCUUCUCACUCAGCUCACACGAGCCCCAAGAUAAGGAUUCAUGGUCAGAGCGGCCCGAGGGCUCCAGGAAUCCAGGGCAGCAACCUGUCUUGGGCAUCAGCAGCCUGCCCCCUGAGAAAAGCUCCUUGAGAGUUCCAGCUUUUUGCUGGCUAAGUUUUUCCUGGGCCCUACCCUUCCUCACUGUAGGUAGACAAUGUAAACAUCACAGCAAAACAAUUUUAAAGUUCUUUGCUUAGAGCACUUUGUUUAUGAUGGCAGUGUUUACAUUCCUCAUUUAAUAAAAGACUUUAACCUCAUUCCAUUACAUUUUUGUGUUUUAGGGGAGUGGGGGCACUCUAUGUACAAUAUGUAUCAUUUUCUUUAAGUCCUACUGUCAUGUCAUAUAUACUUGCAAUAUCAGACCUUGCGUUCAAUACACAAUGCAAUAGAGUCUUUCCAGACUUGUAUUUUUCAGCAAACAAUAAAAAGAUUGUUUGUCACUA